AUGGCCACACAGUUGCUUGUUGGCAAGACGGCCAUCAUCACGGGAGGUACGACUGGCAUUGGCCGGGCGAUCUGUCUGGAGUAUCUGCGGCAGGGCUGCGACGUGGCCGUGAACCACCUGGGCCUAGAGCAGGACCGACCGCACCUAGACUCGCUGAUAGCAGAGGCCAGCCGACUGCGCGAAGAAGCCGCAGGCAGCGGCAUCGUGAUCGGGCGUCUGGCACAUCUUGCGGGCGACGUGGCGGACGCGCAGACGGGUCCGGCGCUGGUGGCACAUGCGCUAGCGGUCUUUGGCAGCGGGCGGUUGGACGUGUGUGUGAGCAACGCGGGGGUGUGCGCGUUUGCCGACUUCCUCGAUCUGGCGGCGCCAUUGUGGGAGCGCACGCUGCAGACGAAUCUGGGUGGUGCCCUGUACGUGGUGCAGGCGGCAGCACGACAGAUGGCCCGCGGCCAGACGCCGCCAGGCGGCAGCAUCAUUGGCAUCAGCAGCAUCAGCGCGCUCGUCGGCGGCGGCCGCCAGGCCCACUACACGCCCACCAAGGCCGGCAUCCUGUCGCUGAUGCAGAGCACUGCCGUCGCCCUGGGCCGCUACGGCAUCCGCUGCAACGCCCUGCUGCCCGGCACCAUCCGCACCCAGCUCAACGAGGACGACCUGGCCGACGACCACAAGCGCGCCUACAUGGAGGACCGCACGCCGCUUGGCCGCACCGGCGUGCCGGCUGAUCUCGCCGGCCCGGCCGUCUUCCUGGCUAGCGACCAGCUGAGCGGCUACGUCACCGGUGCACAGCUGCUCGUCGAUGGCGGCCUGUUUGUGAAUUUGCAGUAG